UAUGAAGAUUCUGGUUGUCAUUUGUGGAAACUUCAGGUUUUGGCAGCGAUUUUAAGCUUCACUGUUUGGUUUGCUGAAAUGAGUAUAUUGGUUCGAUUUAGCUUCGCUGAAACAGAUAUGUCGCUUGGUAUCUUUGUUGGGGCUUUUGUCGCUUCUUCAUUAGAACAACUAGUAGGUUGCUUCGGUUCAAAACUUUCUCUGGUGGAUUGCAGAAGUUUUUAUCGUCGCUUCGAUGUCGCUCUUGUUGUUUAUUUUACCACUUUGGUGCCAUUAUUGAGACCUCUGUUGGUGCGUCUUGUGCUUUCUUCAUUUAAGCCUUCGCUUUGUUGUUACUGGAGCUUGUUAUAA